AUGGACUAUGUGCUGUUCCAGAAUCCACUGGAAAAUCCAGCAGAAAUCUCCACCCUUGCCAUUAUUGCAGCAGCGAUCCCCGCAGGAGGGACGACCACAAAAUCUGAGGAUGAGGCAAAAUUAAAAUACGACAGAGACAAUAAAACAGUGAGAGGUCACCUACAUAAUCAAAUGAAUAAUUCUCUGUUCGAUUUAUUCGUCAACUAUAGGAGUGCGAAAGAAAUCUGGAGUACAAUGGAGAUAAGAUACGCAGGUGAUGACGCUGGAAGGAAAAAGUACAUCAUCGUUAAAUGGGUUCAAUUUCAAAUGGUCGAUGAGAAGCCUAUAAUGGACCAAAUCCAUGAGUACGAGAACCUAGUGACUGAAGUGCUGAGCGAGGGCAUGAAAAAGUGUGAAAUUUUACAAGUCAAUGUACUACUGGAAAAAUUCCCUCCUACUUGGAAUGAAUAUCGCAACAACUUGAAACACAAGAAAAGGGAUCUAACCCUCCAAGAAUUAAUCAGCCAUAUGAGAAUGGAAAAAGCAAAUCGCCUAAUAGAUAAGGAAACUUCUCUCUCUUCUCUUUCAGUUAAAGCUAACUUUGUAAAGUUUAUUGGAUCUAAAAACAAGUUUCACCAGAAUAAAGGAAAAGUUUUUCAAAAGAACAAUCAACACAAGACAUUUAAAGGACAUGAUGGCAAGAUCCAAAAGAACAAAAUAUCGUGCUACUACUGUGGGAAACUAGGACACAAAGCGUACCAGUGCUACCAAAGAAAAGAUCAACAGAAGGCAAACCAAAAACUAAUUACUAAAUCUACUCCACAAGUCAACCUAGCUGAAAAUGACGAGAUCAACACUGCAGUGGUUGUGGAAGCCAACCUUGUAGAGAACGAAGAAGACUAG